AUGUAUGAACUGUAUGAGCAGUUGUUACCUACGAAGCUCUACACAAAGGAGAAGACGCAAACCUCCACCGACGGCGAAGUUCUAUGCAGGUUAUGUGGGAAGGUAGCUGAGAGCGUUGCACAUGUACUGGCUGGAUGUUCCUCCCUGGCACAAACCAAGUACCUAUACAGGCAUAAUGCAGCUUUGAAGAUUCUGUUUUUUGAGCUCCUGCGAGAGCAUGGGUUAAUGGAAGAGGUUCCACCAUGGUACUCACCGGUGAUGCCAAAACCAGCCUACCAGAACACCACGAGUGAGGCGUUUUGGGAUAUUCCCAUCUAUGCAGAGCACAACGAAGUUAGAGCAAAUCGGAUCGACGCGCGACUUGUCAACCACGAGAGGAAAGAAGUCUGCACAAUUGAAAUGAGCUGCCCAUGGAUUGAGAUUAGAGCUAAGAAAGAUGAGGAAAAGACACUCAAGUAUGGGCCCAUGAUGUGGGAGCUGAAGCAGAGAUACAAUGGUUACAGGGUUGAACAGUACAACGUAAUAAUUGACGUACUGGGGGGUUACUCUAAACACCUAGAGAAGUCGGUGAGGAAGCUACUUGGAGCGAGAGCACGGAGCGUACUUGAGCGAAUGCAGAAGUCGCUCAUCUCAAACACUUUAAACAUUGCCAGAACAUUUAAGAUAAAUACUUAGUUAGGGCGCUAUGGACUUCAGUUUUUAGGUUUUUGUUUUUUCUCUAGAAAUCUAGAAACACAAGCUUGCUGACGUUUUUACUUAGAUUUUUUACAACAUUAGAGUGUGAUAUUAUUAUAAAUAUGUUUUUAGUAGAGAUAGCGAAGGUUUUACAGAGUAUCAGAAUUUAAUAAUAUUCUAAAUUGGCUUUUUAAGUAGAGAGAUUUAUAUCACUAUGUAUAAGCUUUUAGUAGAGAUAGCGAAGGUUUUACAGAGUAUCAGAAUUUAAUAAUAUUGUAAAUUGGCUUUUUAAGUAGAGAGAUUCUUAUCACUAUGUAUUUUAGGAUUGUAUUAGGUUUCGUAUCGACCUUUUUUUACUUCUAAGUAUAGCUUCUCAAGUGGUGUAGGUUACGCUAUGCGCCCUAUACUACUCAUAAUGUGGACAGCAUUCCAAAGUUUCAUACUGCGACAUAAUAAUAAUAACAAAAUAGAAGCUAUCAAUAGUCUUGCAGUCCCAGUUGUGCAAUAUAGCUUUGGCAUCAUUGACUGGAAAAUCUCAGAACUGAAGAAGAUUGACACAAAAACACGCAAACUAUUGAACAUGCACAAGAUGUUACAUCCUAAAGCAGAUGUGGAAAGGCUGUACAUCCCAAGAAAAGAUGGAGGUAGGGGCCUGAUUGAUGUAGAAACAGCAUUCAAAACUGCAACAAUAGGGCUUGAUCACUAUCUGAAGCACAAGGAAGGGCAAUAUCCAGAGUAG